GGAAGUUCAGAACAGAGGUAGUAGCUGCCUCCUUUUUACAGCUUGCGGAGGCAGGGGAUGAACAAGUGAAACAGGACUUAAAAGUACGCAACAUGAAAAGAUGAAAAUAGCUGUAAAGAACUGAGUCUACCUUGGUUUGCUGGAAUAUAGUUUGAGAACAGAUGCAAAAGUCUUGAGCUCAGAUUCUUGGGUGAGAAACAGGAUGCCAAGUUAUCAGCCUUGGUGUCAUGGUAAUAUAACUCGAUCCAAAGCCGAGGAUCUUCUUUCCAAAGCAGCAAGAGAUGGAAGCUUCCUUAUUCGGGCCAGUGAGUCUAUACAGGGAGCGUAUGCCCUCUGUGUUUUAUACCAGAACUGUGUGUACACAUACAGAAUCCUGCCAAAUGAGGAUAAGAAGUUGUCUGUGCAGGCAUCAGAGGGAGUUCCUAUCAGGUUCUUCUCUGUGCUGCCUGAGCUGGUGGAGGCAUAUUACAGUCCCAACAUGGGUUUGGUCACACAUCUGCAGUACCCAGUCCAAAGAGAGGAGGAGGUAGACGAGGAGCCAGAAUCCAGUAAUCUUCCACCACAGCUUCCACCCAGGAACAUUAUAAUCAACGAUGUGAAAGACAGCGACUCCAAGCCUUCUGAACCAGCCUAUAAGUCUAUAUCGGACACCUGCCUGAUGAGACUUCAGCAUAUAGACUUGUCCACAGUACCGGAGGAGCAUGAAAUGGCUAUCAAAGAAUAUUUCAGGACCUCAAUCUGCUUGGAUGCAGAACAAGUCCAGAAUGGUCACCUCAACCUCCCUGGACUAAAGAAGUUAACAAUGACAAUCUGCAAGAAUCUAAACAGUGAAAUUUCCCGCAUCCUGCCAGCUCUGGAGGUUUUCCACAGAGUAGUGGACCAACAACUGUCCCCAGGGAUUGGGCAGUUUCCAAAGCAGAUAUCCUCUGAUCCGGGUCAAUCUGUAUCCCUUAGGCUUGAGCAGCUGACAAAACUGCUCUACUCAAUAGAAGAUAAGGCUAAAAGUUCUAUGUUGGAGUCUUUUGGAUAUGAAGGUGGUCACAGGAAGUCUAUCAUACCGUGUGUUACAUUUGAGGUCAAGCAAGAAUCUCUGGGUAUUUCCACAAAGAUGUUCCUGAAAGUUGAUGUUGAAAGUGGGAAGCUCUACUUCAAGAAGUCAAAAGAUGGGCCUGACGACAAAAACAUGGCACACAACAAAAUACUGCAGCUGGUUAAAUCUCAGAAAGUGCACAUCAAACUUGUCAUCGUGAUGGAGACAGAGAAAGAGAAGAUUUCGCGUAAAGAGUUUGUGUUUGAUAACACGAAGAAAAGGGAGGGGUUUUGCCAACUACUUCAACAAAUGAAGAACAAACACUCUGAAAAGCCUGAACCAGACAUGAUCACUGUGUUUGUUGGCACCUGGAACAUGGGAAAUGCUGGGGUUUCCUCCAACAUUGACUCCUGGUUUCAGUGUAAGGGCCAAGGGAAGACACGAGACGACACGGCAGAUCACAUCCCACAUGAUUUUUAUGUCAUUGGGACGCAGGAGGAUCCUACGGGCGAGAAAGAGUGGGCAGACACAGUGAAAGGUGCCCUGAGGAACAUCACAAACAUCAGCUUUAAACAAGUAGCUAUCCACACUCUGUGGAACAUUCGGAUUGUGGUCCUGGCCAAGCCAGAGCAUGAAAACAGGAUCUCCCACAUUUUUUCAGACAGUGUGAAGACAGGGAUUGCCAACACUCUGGGAAACAAGGGGGCAGUGGGAGUGUCCUUCAUGUUCAAUGGUACAUCUUUUGGCUUUGUCAACAGUCACCUGACCUCCGGAAGUGAGAAGAAGCUCAGACGUAAUCAAAACUAUGUCAGCAUCCUGCGAUUUCUGAACCUUGGAGAUAAGAAGCUCAAUCCAUUUGACAUCACACAUCGGUUCACCCACCUCUUCUGGCUCGGUGAUUUGAACUACCGUGUCGAGCUCCCUUCCACAGAAGCUGAGAACAUUGUGACAAAGAUCAAACAGCAGCAGUACCAGGAACUCCUCGCUAAAGACCAGCUCAACAUGGAGAGGAAUGAUGGAAAGAUCUUCUUACAUUUUGAUGAAGAGGAAAUCACAUUUGCACCCACAUAUCGCUUUGAAAGAGAUACACGUGAGAAAUAUGCCUACACAAAGGCCAAAGCCACAGGGACAAAAUACAAUUUGCCCUCGUGGUGUGAUCGUGUCCUGCGGAAGUCAUACCCUCUGGUUCAUGUUGUCUGCCAUGCAUAUGGGUGCACUACUGACAUCGUGACCAGUGACCACUCACCUGUAUUUGCGUCAUUUGAAGUUGGAGUAGCCUCACAGUUUGUCUCUAAGCAAGAUCCAAACAGUGCACCUGAAGGAGGGAUACAGAUAAUGAACUGUGUGGCCACACUGUUAACAAAAUCAAAGACCAAGUUCUUCAUCGAAUACCAUUCCAGCUGCUUGGAGAAAACAGUCAAGACUUCAGAGGGAGAGAACAUGGAGCACUCAGAUGGGUCAAUAAAAGUUCGAUUUGGCAACCAGACUGUGGUAAAAUUUGGAAUUAGCUUUCAGUGUGGAAGGUUUAUGGUGUCGCACAAUCCUCAUUUGUCAUAUUUUGUCUCUUUUCAAGCUCACCCCCAUCAUAUCUGACCCUGAGUACCUUUUAGACCAGCACAUACUCAUCUGUGUGAAGUCAACAGAUUGCGACGAGUCAUAUGGAGAGGGUUGUGUUGCGCUUCGAGCUGCCCAGUUCUGCUACACAGAGUUUCAGAUCACACUGACGCACCAUGGAGAGAAGACAGGCACAUUGACAGGUGGCAUCCAGUUGCACACCUUUGACUGCAAGACGACUGAGAAGUU